AUGGGACUGAUGGACCUCCUCUGCUCCGUCCGGGACAGAGCCGACAAGUUCCUCAACGAGAAAAAUGUGGUCACGGAUUUCCUCGGAAAACUGGAAGAAAAGACUGGGAUCAAGAAGAAGAUCAUCGCAGUGGGAGCCGUGUCCAUCACUGGACUGUACCUGGUCUACGGCUACGGCGCCUCUCUGCUCUGCAACAUGAUCGGCUUCGUGUACCCCGCCUACUACUCGAUCAAAGCCAUCGAGAGCGAGAACAAAGAGGACGACACAAAAUGGCUGACGUACUGGGUCGUGUACGGAGUCUUCAGCCUCGGAGAAUUCUUCUCAGACAUUUUCCUUUAUUGGUUUCCAUUCUACUACGCUUUUAAGUGCCUCUUCCUGCUCUGGUGCAUGGCUCCCGUGUCCUGGAAUGGUUCUCAGAUCAUCUACAGUCGUCUGGUGAGACCCGUCUUCCUGAAACACGAAGCCACCGUGGAUCACAUGGUCAACGACCUGAGCGGGAAGGCCAUGAGUGCAGCAGAGAACCUGACAAGAGAAGUUCUGUCGACUCUGGUGAAGAACAAGUCCAUCGUGGUUCCUUUGGACGCCAUGAGUUUACCGUGUCCCAGCGACGAGGCCGGACCCUCCAGACCACGCAAACACAAGUCACAUGACAGGUCACAUGACAAGUCACAUGACAGGUCACAUGACAAGUCACAUGACAAGUCACAUGACAGGUCACAUGACAAGUCACAUGACAGGUCACAUGAGAAGAUGGAGGACAAAGCUCCGUUCCUGGGCUGA